AUGGCGAAAAAAUCAGCAUGUAAACAAUACUCCGAAGAGGCUAUCACAUCAUGCAUCCGAAGCAUAAAAGCUGGAAAAUCAGUUUAUGCCGGAUGCAAAGAGUUCGGGAUACCCAUCUCCACCAUUCGAUACAGACUAAGUGGCCAAUGGCAACAAAAAUUCAAGCCUGGACCACACUCGGUGCUAUCAACAGAGGAAGAAAAUAAAGUUGUCACAUGGCUUUGUGGGAUGCAGGACCGCGGAUUUCCUGUUACACGUGAAGCGCUGAUCUUUAAAAUAGCAGAGUUUCUGUCAGCGAAUUCACGGGAGAACCCAUUCAAGAAUAAUCGACCAGGACGAAAAUGGUUCAAGGCUUUUUUGCGACGUAAUCCAGGAUUUUCUCUCCGAACACCGGAACAAGUGUCAACCGCAAGUGGGCGAGUCACCGAAAAUGAUAUUCGGGGUUGGUUUGAGACAGUGGACAACUGGUUGAUGAAGAAUGAAUUGCGUGAAGUACUGGAGGAUCCGACACGAGUGUUCAAUGAUGAUGAAACAUCGUUUUACCUUCACCCCAGUACAAAGGAGGUUAUUGCGCGGACAGGAUCCCGCAAUGUUUAUGAAAUUGAACAGGCAGCUGGAAAGCAAAAUGUCACUGUGAUGUUUUCCUUCGGAGCAUCUGGAGUUGUCGUAAGUCCUCACGUCAUUAUUCCGGGAAAGCGCAUCCGAAAAGAAGUGGCACAAGGUUUUCCAUCUGAUUGGGGCCUGGGUCAGAGUGAACGUGGAUGGAUGGACACGCACAACUUCCGUGAAUACAUCCUAAAAAUUUUCCAUCCAUUCCUCGUGAGACAAGGUGUAAAGUUUCCAAUAAUUUACUUCGUCGAUGGUCAUUCUUCACACAAAGCGGUGGAAGUAGCGGAUAUAUGCCAGUCUUUAGGAAUCGUGCUUAUUUCUCUGUAUCCAAACACGACGCAUAUUACGCAACCGCUGAAAAGCGAAUGGAGAAAAGUGGUUGAAGAAUGGAGAUUAAAACAUCAGGCUGGGGAACGUCUAGAAGCGAUUCGGAAGAAAGAAGCAGAUAAAAAGGAGAUUGAACAGACAAAGAAAAGGAAGGCACUUGAUCGAAAAGACGCAAAGAUGAGAAAAGAAGAAGAAAAGAUAGCUAGAAUGGAGGAACGUGAGCGAAAGAAGAAGGAGCCUAAAACGAAGAAACCAACUCGGAAAACUAAAAAUUGA